AUGGCUGCUUGGAUAGGAAAGUUGGAAAAUCAAAAUCAAAGCGACAAUUUCAACAAUGUCGUGGUUACUCAUGAUCUACAGGACUGUCUUGAUGAUAGUCUUGAUUUUAAUUUCAACAUUUAUGCAAUAGAAAAUGAUCGAGAGACAGAUAUUUCAGGAAAUGCGACUAUAAAAUCUAGUGAUAAGUCUGGGAAUGUUGAAAAUGUAGAAGGGAGUGUUGGAUAUGUUCAGCACACAGUAUCCACAGAUGAAAUCCUAAUGCAAAUCAACCCUGGAUCUCCCAAUAAAAUGCCAGAAAAACCAUCUCAUGCCACAUUAACAAUAACUGCAACAAAUCCUGAUACCAAAGAAACAAUAGUAAAUAGAUUUCUUUGUGAAUAUCAAGGAUGUUCUCGAACAUACAGCACUGUGGGAAAUCUGAGGACUCACAUGAAGACCCACAAAGGUGAAUACAGAUUCAAAUGUUCAGACCCUAGUUGUGGCAAAGCCUUCCUAACCUCUUAUAGCCUGAAAAUCCACAUUAGGGUGCACACCAAAGUAAAACCAUUCGAAUGCAGUGAAGGGGGCUGUGACAAGGCUUUCAACACUCUGUAUAGAUUACGGGCUCACGAGCGUCUGCAUAACGGCAAAACUUUCAAUUGUGAGUCAGAUGGAUGUACGAAAUAUUUUACUACCCUGAGUGACCUUAAAAAACACAUUAGAACCCACACAAGAGAAAAACCUUAUAAAUGUAUCGAAACCAGUUGCGGCAAAGCAUUCACAGCCAGCCACCACCUGAGGACUCACCAGCGCAUCCAUACAGGGGAAAAGCCCUACGCUUGCACCGAGUCCAACGAGUGCCAAAGAGCUUUCACGACUCCCCACAGCUUGAAGUCCCACAUAAAAACGCACCAGAGACACGAAAAACAACGAGAGAAACCGGAACCACCCGAUAGCAUCGAUCGAAGUGGUAGUUUUUCGGAAAAGGAAAACUAUGCGGAUGGGAACGUUUCCGAUUUACUGGUGGCAUCGGGCUCUGAGUCUUUGGGAUUAGAAACGAUUGCCAAUGGUAAUACACCUGUUUUUGUCGAAGAACCACUUGUUUUCAAUAAGGGCACUUUGGAUUGGGGUCAUGUCGGUGUAGAGUGUCAGCAGAAUUUUCAGGGCCAGGAACAAGAACAUACUACUACUGAAGUACCUGCUCUACUGAACCAAAACAUAGACACCCCAAUAACUUUUGAAAAUAUCGAUUACACCUUUCUACCAGCACCCACAGAAAAUCUACUAAACGCGCCUAGCUACGUCAUCACCCACAAUACCCCCGAAAAAUACGCCGCAGUCAUAGAAGAAGAAUUCGAAAUGGCCAACAGGUUGAAAGACUAUGCCACAGUCACCACAGAAAACGUGCCUUUGCAACUCCUAUUCAACAUCGGCACAGAAAACAUCGAAAACGGCAAAGAGGGCGAAACUUUGAUCAACAACGUGAAUUUAGAACUGGGUGAUAAUACUGUCAUCACAGAGUUCCAAAAUCUGAGCAACAUCGAUACCAGCGCACAAGACGAAUUCAACUUGUUGCAGUCAAUUUACAAAUCUGGCGACAGUGUCAGAAUCACAAGUCCCAAAGUCAAAAUCAUCAGCGAGGAAAUAUUCCCCAAAACUAAUGGAGUACAAAGUAUCAUUGACCUUGGCAACCAAAGUUACCAGCCUGCCGACCUAGAACUAGAAACACCCGCUAUAUUAAAUAAUAACUUCCCUGCUGAUUGGCCCAAUUUACCGACUUACACUAGCGAUAGUACAAAUGCUGUUUUCACCGAAAACGAUACACAGGGUGUUGUGCAAAACUGUAGCUGUAAUUGUAGUUCCAACGACUGUGGCUGUGCUAAAUCCAAACCGAAACGAGUAGUGGGGAAUGCAAAGAAUUGCUGUGCCAAAGAGACCACUUGUAGUACUAAUGCCAAAACUAAUACAGGUUGUUCAGGGCUGUCGAAUAUUUUGAAAAUCGUUCGUGGGAACGCGAUUUGCAAGGAGAAAUCGGACGAGUGUUGUGUGGUGGUUUGUCUGAAAACCAUGGAUCAACUGAAGCAGAUGCUUUCGCUGGCGUCCUCUUGCGGUGGGUUCGAGAAUUUCAGGAUGGGGUGUGUGAAGAGCGAUUUAUGUAGUGGUUCGCCGAAUUGAGGGAAAUUUUGUUGCUAGAAUUCCCGCGCCAAUUUCUAACUUGACUUUUCUAACCUAAAUGAUUGAAUUAUGCCACUGAUGAUUUUUUUAGCUGCGACUAGAGACACGUUGAUGUGCCCGUAAAUUAUUCAUGGGUUGC